GCAUUUGCGCAUAACGAUGUCAUUUUGGAGUUUGGAGUCAAAACUAACAUAACCUGAAAGUGAAAGGUAAAAGGUUAUGUUUAUAUUCUUUUGAGUUUAUCAAUGUUUCAAAUUUUUGUUGGAAGAAACAUUUCUAAUUGUAAUAAUUUCCAAACUAUCCUCAUCUAAAGCGUUAUCACUCAUGGAUUAUUUUUUAUUUGAGUAUUUAUUACCUAUUCAUGCAUUAUCAUAAAAAUUAUCUGAUUUGGCUCAUUUUUUAAAAAUGGAAGAAAACAGUGACUUAUUUCAAUCAAAGUUCGAUUCGGAAACAAUAAAUAAGUUAUCAAGUGGAGUACAAGAUCUUCAAAGUAAAGAUUUCCUGAAUUUGCGGCAUCUCAUCUCAGAGGCUUUAUUGAAACAAGAUCAAAUGGUCGCAAAUCUUACUCAGACGAACAAGUGCAAUAAGUUUGAAGAAAACAAUGAUUUAAGUGUCAUGUUUACAAAGGCCAAAUCUUGUGAUGCCAAGCUGAAAAGUCUCAAGCGUAAAAUGACUGAACUAAGUAAUCGCUCUAAAUCAUUAAAGAAAAGAGCACUUCAUAUCCACCAAACAAAACAGCAGGAAACUUUGAAUAGGAUUCAGGAAGAAGACGCGAGAGUAAGUAGGGAAGAACGUAUGAUAGCAAAGCCAAAAAGAGACACAUGAUAAUAAAUCGAUUGCAUAUAAGAUAUAUAACGUUAUUCAAUUAUAUACAGAUGUUAUUAUUGAUUAAUUACAAAAAUAUGUUUGUAUAACAUUUUCCACAAAACAUGGAGCAAUAAAAUAGUUUUAUCAGA